AUGAAUUCGAAAUCGAAAUUAACAAAAAAAUCCGGCCUUAGUAGUUUCGUUCUUCCACGCAAGCCCCCGAAUAAGGUAGGAAUAUCUGUUACGAGAAGUCAAAGUGCAAAAGAACCGCAUAUGGGUCACAUUAUUAUUUCAGAAGUCACAAAUGAUCUAGCUGUUUCGCGGAGACCGCUGAGAUUUGAUAAAAAUAAAAUGCAAGGCAGGAAUAAUACUUUGAAUAUUACUAAUUUAGAUAGACACAACAGCUUGUCCGAUAGUAAUGUGUGUUCUUCUGAUUAUUCAGACAAUCCUCAAGACGAUCAAGUUAAAGACAAAUCUGUAUCACAUGAAAAUAUAUCGGAUUCCAAAGGACUGAACUCGCUUUAUCUUAUUCCUAUAAGUAAAGCUCGACAAAGAAACUUUUUACAAGGUAGAAUCGGUGCUAACUCCUUAUUAGGCCCCAAUGAGCUUGACAGAAUCUGUCCAAAUAGAGAAAUCACUAUUUUUGUAGGUACUUGGAAUAUGAACGGACAUUCUCCUCCUAACGAAUUAAACGAUUUCGUUCUUCCUGUUAGCAUGGAACACGUUCCCGAUAUCCUAUCGUUCGGGACCCAAGAAUCCACUUCGGAAAGAUUCGAGUGGGAAGUUAGUUUACAAGAAACAAUCGGACCAUCACAUCUACUACUUCAUUCUGUAUCAUUAGGUACCCUGCACCUGGCUACGUUUAUAAGAAGAGACCUCAUUUGGUACGUUUCGAUUCCCGAGGAGUCCAGCUUAUCAGUCCGGCCUGGCACGGCCUUUCGCACGAAAGGGGCCGUGGCUUCUUCCUUUAUGAUAUUCGGCACUUCGUUUCUGUUUGUGACCGCGCACUUGACCGCUCACGAGGAGAAAGUCAAGGAGAGAGUGUCGGAUGUGAAGAAAAUCGUCCACUCCAUGGAUUUGCCGAAGAUACUGCCUUGCAAGAACAAAAGCCAAGACGUCACCCAGAACUUCGAUUACGUGUUUUGGUUCGGAGACUUGAAUUUCAGGCUGUCGACGCCGAGAGCGAAGGUGCUGGAAUGGCUCUCGAACACCAGCUUCCCGCUACCGCCCCACCUGCCCCACGGUUACAUGCACCACGACCAGCUCUGCUCGGUGCUGGCCGACGGGGCCGCCUUCCGCGGCUUCAACGAGGCCAAAAUCACCUUCCCUCCGACCUAUAAAUACGAUCCAGGCACGCAAAAUUUCGAUUCGUCUUCGAAGAACCGAACGCCCGCGUACACCGAUCGGAUAUUGUACAAGCAGAAGCAGAACCGGAGGUUUAGCGGCAUUGCGGAAAAUCCGCCGUUGCAAUGUUUGAUUUACGAUUCCGUUCCGUCGAUCACCACGUCGGAUCACAAGCCCGUUUGGGGCGUUUUUAAGGCGCACUUGAGACCUGGAUUAGACACGAUUCCCCUAGCGGCGGGUUUGUUCAACAGGGAUGUCUAUUUGGAGGGUUUGCGGAGACGAGCCACAGCUCUGGGUAGCAUAAAGGAUAACACCUCCGUUUGUUCGGUGCAGUGA